AGUGAAGAGAGACCCCACCACUGUCAGCAGUGUGACAAAGGCUUCACCACAGCAGGGGAGCUAAAGGUUCAUCAGAGAGUUCACACUGGAGAGAAACCAUACAGAUGUGAGCAGUGUGGGAAACGUUUUUCAAGUCCAAGUAACUAUAGAACUCACCAACAUACUCACAGUGGAGAGAAACCUUUCAGCUGUGACAAAUGUGGGAAAGCCUUUGCUCGGUUAUAUCACCUCAAAGCACACAGUGUCACACACUCUGGAGAGAAACCGCACCACUGUGAUGAAUGUGGCAAAACUUUCACUCGGUCAGAAACUCUUAAAAUACACCUACGUAUCCACACUGGUGAGAAACCGUACCACUGCAGACACUGUGAGAAAAGUUUCAUUUCUGUAACAGACCGCAGGGUCCAUGAACGGAUCCACACCGGACUGAAACCAUACAGCUGUGAUGAGUGUGGGAAGAGAUUCACUCAGCUGUGUGCUUACAACAAUCACAGAAACAUCCACACUAAAGAGAAAAGCUACCCUUGUCUGCAGUGUGGGAAGGUCUUAAGGUCCGCUAGUUCCCUACUGUCUCAUGAGCGUGUCCACUCUGGAGAGAAACCCUUUCAGUGCAAACACUGUGAGAAAACAUUCCCAACAUCAUACCAGUGCUCAAGACAUGAGCAUGUCCACACUGGAGCGAAACCAUACAGCUGUAAGCAAUGUGGGAAAAGUUUUAGAAGUUCAUCUUCACGGCACAAACACAAGCUCAUGCACGCUGGAGUCAAACCACAUCAGUGUGAGCACUGUGACAGACGUUUCUAUACAGCAGACAGACUUAGAGAACAUGAGCGUGUCCACACUGGACACAAACCCUACUGUUGUGUCAAAUGUAAGAAAACUUUCGCCUGGUCAGGUCGGCUGAAGACACACAAGUGUGUCUGAAUGAGAAACCAGACCUGGAGCCUCAUGAUUCAUCAGAGCACGCUGCUGUGUGCGCAUAGUGAGUCGUGGGAGGAAAUGAUGAAAAAAGAUAAAAAUAGGAAAUGGAGUUGUGCAGGCGCAUCGCCGCAAUAUGGUGGUCACCAGAUGCUUCUGUGGUGAUGUGGUGUGUUUUGAGCUGAUACAUUAGUUGAAGAAAUUCACUAUUUAAAAAAACGGCAAUGAUAUCUUGUUUUUUACCUCCGUAAGACACAGAGAUGAAACAACAUGGAUUUUAUUUUUUUGAAACAAAAAAAAAAAGAUUUUUUUUUUUUUAAGAUUUUUUAUUCUAAACAGAAGUGUAUAACCUGUCAUUUAUGUUCACCUGAGGUGCGCGCCGAGGGUUUUAAUUUUUAGUGUUAAAAGUUAAACACUACUUAUCAGCAACCAGAAGUGUUUUUUUCGUUUGUGAAUAAUUUUUAUCUUAAUUCUAGAGUUGCAAGAAACUACCUUUUUGACUACCACCCCCCGGUCAUCGAAGGCUUCGAUUUAAAAUUGUUCUGAGCUCCGAAGCUUCGAUUUUCCAAAAUGAAGUCAAAGGUCAGCCCUAUUUACUGCAUUAAUUGAUGAAUUGAUUAAUCUGAAAGCAGCUUACAGUCUCCUGCCUGUAUGAUAGUUGGGGCCGAUCCCAGUUCACCCCUUCACCCUACCCCUCGAAAAUGCGCAUGCCCGUGUAGGGGUGUCCCAAUUCUCUUUCCGUCGAGGGUUAGGGUUAAGACCACCUACGUUACCCCAACUUCCACAGACGUACAGUGUAAUUCCCGCUAACUUCCCGCACGUAUUUCCCCGUGUCUUACAGUAUAACUAGGCUGGUUCAUAGAGCGUACCUCCCGUUCACUUACGUCCUACUUUGCCCAGACUUCCAGUGUAACUCCUGGUCAUUUCCCACCUACUUUCUCCAGUCUUACAGCAUAACUCAUGGCCACUUACCACGCAAUUCACAACAACCAAACAGCCAAAAAACAUUUACACAUCCCUGACAAGCUUAUAGACAUUUUCUGUGUGCGGGCUUGAAGUGGUGUCCCAAUUCUUAGGGGGAUAUUUCAAGCCCCUAGCCCUUGACACUCUGCUUGGAGGGGCAAGGGGUAGGGCGAAAAAAGAGAAUUGGGAUUCACCCUAUCACAAUAAGGGGGAGGCAGCGCACUCCACUGUGUUGUUAUUGACGUUAUGGAGCAGCCUCUCUGCUGCACCGUUAGCUCUGAGCACUUACAGUUGUUUAAUGCUGCAGUGUGAGUUGGUCAGCCGGUGUUGUUUGUUAACAUCACUGCUGAUUGCUGCUCCGCUCCCUUAACGUUAGUCUCUGGGUGAUGAUGGAGUCAGUAUUCACAGUAUACUUCACAUACACCUCAUAAAUAUAAUUAUCUAGAGGUUAAAUUCAAACAAGUUUGCAACCGCUGCUGUUUGUCAACAUGAAUAACAAGUUAACUUUAGCAAAUCUACACUGUAGGCUGUCCAGAUGCUACACUGCUCUCACAGUUGAGUUCCGCCACUUUUGUUCUUUCAAUAUCAUUAAUAGUUUAGUUUAGUUUUAGUUUAGUUUAGUUUAAUUGUUUAGCACAACUUUAGUACAAGUACAAAACUAUGCAAGGUGGGAACGAAGCCUCUGCAGGCUUGUACAGAGUUCCACACCUGCCCAUAUCAAUCACAUGACAUGCAGGCUAAACACUCAGCAACAAAACAAAAGAAAACAAACAAAAACAAUACAAAACAAGAAGCAACAACAAAAUAAAAUUUAAACCCAGGAAAGACGCAGCAAAAGCAAGCCACCCACAAUCAGAAGGACUGAUAAAAUCAUGCUAGAGAAGGAUGAGCACAGGGAUCAGGCGGGUAAUAGAAGUUUCUUCAAAUGCUUUUUGAAAGCAGAAAGGGAGGACAUUGAUCGCAGUGAAGAGCUUAAUUCACUCCAGAGCUUAGGACCUCUAAAAGUAAUGUUAAAUUGGUGUCUUGAAGUCCGUGUGCGGGGUAAGAGUAGACUGUAGUUGCUGUGUCUAGUUUGAUAUGUGUGUACAUAUGUGGUGGGGAUGAAUAAAUUCUGAAAGUGUCUGGAAGAUCCUGUUUCCUAUUAUAUUAACUUAUGCAUAAGUAAGCAUGUUUGAUAAACAUUUACCUUGUCAAUGGGGAGUACUUUAUAUUUCUUAAAAAGAGGUGCAGAGGGUGCAUAUCUAUUUGAGUGGGAUAUAAAUCUGAGAUAUUUCUUCUGUAUGACACUUAAUUUAUUCAGGUAUGUAGGAUAGGUUGCUGCCCAGACAAUGUUACAAUAAUUAAUGAAAGGGAACAAAAAGCUAUAGUAUAAGGUUAAAUAAGCUGAGGAGUGAAUUAAGGGACAAACCUUCCUCAGAAUGCCAAGCAUUUUCGCAGAUCUCUUAGAGACAAGGUCGAUAUGAUCAGACCAUUUAAGACCGCUGUCUAUAAUAACUUAUUAUUAUAACUAUAAUAACUAACCAAUUCAAUUUGAGUAUGAUUGAUAAAGAUUUUAGCUAAUUCUAUAGGAUAAUGUUUAUUAGUAUUGCAAAAAAUCAUGAAGCUGCAUUUUUUUUGCAUUGAGGGUAAGUUUGUUCCAUUGAGACCAUUCCGCAAUAGAGGAUAUUUCCUCAUUGACAGUUUUAAUUAAAAUAUUAAAGUCUUAGUGUGCAGCUACGAGGUUUGUAUCGUCUGCAAAUAGUACUGGGAGAAGUUUGGUGCAUGUCGUGGCCAUGUCAUUGAUGUAAAUUAAAAACAGUAAAGGCCCCAGGAUUGAUCCCUGAGGAACACCAAUCAUAAUUUGUGAUUUCUUGGAAGUAAAGCCUGCCAAAUGAACAUAUUGCUCUCUGUUAGUUAAAUAGUUUCUGAACCAUUUCAUGGCAGCAUCCUCCACUCCGUAUCUGUUGAGUUUGGCAAUCAAUAUAUCAUGACUGACCGUAUCGAAUGCCUUACUCAGGUCCAAGAAGACUCCAAGGGCAAAUUUUUUAUUAUCAAGAGCUAAUGAAAUAUAGUUGACAAGUUGAAUGAGGGCAUGCUCAGUAGAAUGUCGUUUACGAAAGCCGUAUUGAUGUUUAUAUAAAAUAUUGUUGGCUGCUAAGUGAUUGAAUAAUCUAGAAUAGACAUAAUAAGACAUAGAAUAAACAUUUGGAUAAUUGAUUACUGGGAAUCGAUACCAAAUUGUCUUUGUCCGCAUCGCGAUGCAUCUAAAAGGCAAUUGUUUCCCCAUCCCUAAUGUACAUUAUACUAAAACAUUAUAUUAGCUUUGUGUUUGAGAGGAGACACCUGCACACCAACACAACUGGCCUGGACAGCCACAAAAAAUGUUCCCAGGCUGAGAUCAAUGCCAACAAAUGUCAGUUUAUUUCGGACAUCCACGCACAACAUGAUGAGCGCUCAAAGUGCAAAACAAUAAUAAAAAGUGAUCAAAACAGCAGCAAACGUUUCAGUCCAUCAUGUUCUGAAUAAACUGACAUUUUUUGGCAUUGAUCUCAGCCUGGGAACAUUUUUUGUGUCUGUCUCGGCCAGUUGUGUUGGUGUGCAGAUGUUUCCAUUGUUGUAGACAUGUUGUCCAUUGUACUGAUUCACCCAACUAAAUAGGCACAGUCUUACAGCAGUAACAUUAACAUGACCUUACAUACCAUACACUUAUCCUUUGUCAACAUUUAAAACCAUUUAUUGUAUUAUUCAUUCCUCUGCAUCACUUUCCAUCAUGUUCUGUUGUUUAUUUUGUUAGUUCUUUUUUUGUGAAAUCACGUAUUGGAUUGUUUUUUAGAUUCAUAAUUUGCUUUUCCUUUAAAACUUUAAGUGCUAACAAUGACACCUGUUCAUGAACAUGUUACACAUUGUAUGACGUGACUUAAUAAAGAUUUAAUAAAAAGUGAACGUGGAUGUGA